UAUUUUCCAGGUGUACUUCCAGAGCCAAUGAGUUCUCCAGUGCAGGAGGCAGAUGUGUCACCUUACACACAGUACAACAAUGUGCCGUUUCCCCAAGUCCAGCCUCAGAUUUCAUCGCCACCUUAUUACUCCAACCUAGGCUUCUACCCUCCGCAGCAUGAGGAAUGGUAUUCCCCUGGGAUGUAUGAGCUCAGGAGAAUACCCUCAGAAACCUUUUUCACAAGGGAGACAGAGAUAAUGGAUAUUCCUGCAGCCAAAAAGCCUAGACUGGGUCACUCCACAGGAAGAGUGAAAGGAGAAGAGCUCUGUGUGGUCUGCGGUGACAAAGCCUCUGGGUACCACUACAAUGCUCUUACUUGCGAAGGAUGCAAAGGGUUCUUCAGAAGAAGCAUCACAAAAAAUGCAGUAUACAAGUGUAAAAAUGGAGGCAACUGUGAGAUGGACAUGUACAUGAGGAGAAAAUGCCAAGAGUGCCGCCUAAGGAAAUGCAAGCAAAUGGGCAUGUUGGCUGAAUGUCUGUUAACAGAAAUACAAUGCAAGUCAAAAAGGCUACGGAAAAAUGUGAAACAGCCCCCAGAUCAGACAGUCAACGAAGAUAACGAAGGCCAUGACAUGAAACAAGUCACAUCUACAACUAAAAUAUACAGGGAGAAAGUAGAAUUUUCCCCAGAACAGCAGAACCUUCUUGAUUACAUCAUGGAUUCAUACAGUAAACAACAAAUACCACAGGAGGUGUCAAAAAAACUACUACAUGAGGAAUUCAGUGCUGAAGGAAAUUUUCUGAUUUUAACAGAAAUGGCUACCAGUCAUGUGCAAGUUCUUGUGGAAUUCACUAAAAAACUACCAGGCUUCCAAACACUUGACCAUGAAGACCAGAUUGCCUUGCUGAAGGGCUCAGCUGUAGAAGCCAUGUUCCUCCGUUCAGCUGAGAUCUUCAGUAGGAAACUUCCUUCAGGACAUACUGUUCUUCUAGAAGAAAGAAUUCGCAAUAGUGGUAUUUCAGAUGAAUUCAUAACUCCCAUGUUUAAUUUUUAUAAAAGCAUUGGGGAGCUGAAGAUGACACAGGAAGAAUAUGCGCUGCUCACAGCCAUAGUUAUCCUGUCUCCAGAUCGGCAGUACAUAAAGGACAGAGAGUCUGUGGAAAGGCUUCAAGAACCUCUGCUGGAUAUUCUACAGAAAUUCUGCAAACUUCACCACCCGGAUAACCCUCAACACUUUGCCUGUCUUCUGGGCCGUCUUACAGAAUUACGGACCUUUAACCAUCAUCACGCAGAGAUGCUGAUGUCAUGGAGAGUGAAUGACCACAAAUUCACACCUCUUCUCUGUGAGAUCUGGGAUGUGCAGUGAUGGAUGCUUUUUAUUUGAGGAAAAAUAGCUUUUUUAAAGGACCACGCAGCAUUUGUUUUCACAGAAAAAUAUCCCACAGCACAUUCAAUUUUCUUUACUGCAUUUUUAUAGAAACAUGUCAUGGAUUCAUAACAGCCAUCUUGUUGACUAUACACAUAAUAUUGUAUAGCUAGCAGAUUUUCACACGUGAGUAUAAUUGUCUCUGUAUUUAUGUUCUCUGAUCAGAAAGAGCCCACCAGCUAUUCAGAGGAACCCUAUUAAUUCAGAUUGCAGUUACAGCUCCUUGACAAAUGGGAAAUGCAGGGUUCCAUGUGUAUUUUUUCAUUGCAGUGUUUUCGUGCUUGGCC